AUGACUAGUAGCAAUAUUGAUAUUACUUCUACUGGUAGUUCUCCCACUACUACUAAUGUCAAUAUUUCAUCAGGUAUUCCGGUUAAUAAUAAAAGAUUUAACCAAAGAUCUAACUCCAGCUCAUCUACUAAUAGACCAGUGAUGAACAACAAUAGGACACCAAAAAAAUACACUCCAUUAAAUAGUAACAACAACAACAACAACAAACCAUACAAUAAUAAUGGUAAAAUUAAGCAUCAUCAUCACCAUCAUGGACAUUACAACAACAACAGCAAUGCUAAUACUAAUACUAAUAGCUAUGUUCAGUAUAAUCAACUAGUUACACCCCAAACUACUCCUUCAAAUCCAACCGUUAUUCCUACUUCCCCUGCUGCUGCUUAUGUUUAUUAUACUACCGGUGCUAACGGUGCUCCUGUUCCUGUUACUGUUACCGGUGGCGCUCCCCAACAGGUUGUUCUUCAACAACCAGAUGCUGGUCAUAUUAGUACCAGUGGUGGUACUAAUACUUCAGUUGACUUUAUUAAUAGUUAUAAUGCAGCUGUCCAAUCAAAUACUAGUAAUAUGGUUGUCCCACCCGUCACAUCGCUUAAUACACAAACUACUAACAACAUAUCGGUACCACGUAACUCGCAUCAUCUGCAGGGUGGUACUUAUGAUACUACUGCCAAUGCUAAUACUAACAAUGGUUAUCAAUACAAUGGCAGCAACAUACAUCGUGGAAGUAAUAAUACUACACCUUACAAUAAAAGUAAAUCUGGUAUUACUAUUACAAGUAAAAAUGGCUCUGUUGUUGAUUUGAAAAACAUUGACAAGAAAGAAAGCAGUGGCAGUGCUACACCCGUUAUGAGAAAAGUACAUGAAAAUAAUACUGCCAGUACUAGCUUAUCGCCUAACAACAGUGCUACUUCCACUUGUAACGAAAUAAAAGACCUAAGUAAUAGGGAUGAGGAAGUGCAAGGAGAACAAGAAAAAGAGCAGGAAGAAAAGGAAGAAAGAAAAGAUAAAGAAGAGUUACUUUCUGAACAAAAAGUUAAUGAUAAUGAAGAAAAAGAAGAUGAUGAAGAUGAAGAAGAAGAUGAUGAAGAAGAAGAAGAAGAAGAAGAAGACGAUGAAACUAAAAAAGCGACUGUUAACGAUUUUAGAGCUGCAAUUUUAAGAAGGGCUGCUGAAAAGAAGAAGAAGAAGGAAGACGAGGAAAAGAAACAAGCUGCUGCCGAGUCUGCUGCUGCCGAGUCUGCUGCUGCUGCUACUACUACUACUGCUACUACUACUACUGCUACUGCUACUACUACUACUACUACUGCUAACUCUGUCACUUCCAAUUCUGCUGUUUCUACCGAUAAUAUGGCUUCUUCAGAAAAGAAAGAAAAUGAAACUAUUGCUACUUCAACAGUAGAGCCUAAAGAAGAGGAACAACAAACAAUUGAGGUUUCAGUUGAUUCUAAAGGAGAUGAAGAGAUUAAAGUUUCAGCCGAACCAAAGGAAGAAAGUGUUGAAAUUCCAGUCGAACCCCUUGGAGAAGAAGCUAAGGUUCCUGCUGAAUUCAAGCAAACAGAACAAGAAGAAACUGUUCCUGCUACGCCUAAACCAAUGAGUUUUUCAGAAAAAAUGAAGUUAGAUAAACAGGCCACUGCUGCUAAGAGCAGCGAAUCUUCUGAGGUUACCGAGACUGACCAGACUACCGCUGCUCCUGCUUCUCAUGAUUGUGAAACACAAACAACUGUUGACUCUGAAACAAAGGAGGAGGAGGAGCAAGAGGAGAAGAAGGUUAAUGAAGAUGGUGCUUACUUGUACAAAUAUUAUAAACAAUUGCUAGAUAAUGCCACUCCAAUCUCUGAUGUGUUCAACUAUCCAUACGCAGAAGAAGUAACUAGACCUAAAGUUUCUGCCGAAAAAGAUCAGAGUAAAGUUAAAUAUUAUUACGACUUAGAUUUCUUGAUGCAAUUUAAAGAUAAGGCUAAAGUUUACCCAGAUAAGGAGUGGACCGCUUUCAUAAAAAAGGAAAGAUUGAUUGGAUUACCUCCAACCAGCUACUAUUACAAUGUUGGUGGCAAUAGCUACGGUGGCUCAGGUAGAGGUGGAUCUAUGAGGAUGGGUAGAGGUGGUAGACAAAUGUCUGGUAGAGGUGGUAGUGGCAACAACACAGGCUUUGGUUCCAGAAGUGCCAGUAGAAGGUCUAUGGGUGAACGUUCCGGGUCUUCAAGAUCAGACUCGAAGAGAAAAUCUAAAAGAAGAGGCAAUAACAACAGUAGUAAUAGGUCAGAAUAUACUUCAAGAUAUGAUUCCUCCAAGAGUGGUAGCAUAAAUGUAAAUAGCUAUAAUAAUGAAAGACAGUUGCAACAGCAACAAUUUGAACAAGAGUUCAACAAUAAUAGACAUUUUGCCGAUGAAAACCACGGUGAGAGUGCUGCUACUAGUGGUGCUGAAGCUGAGCAACCAAAAGCCACCAACAGAUGGAAACCAAAAUCCAGAAUGAAGAAAGAGGUUGAAGUCAAAACUGCUCCAGAUGGUACUGUUUUGUUAGGCCCUGAAGAAGUCGAAAAGAAAAUGAAAUCUUUGUUGAAUAAAUUGACUUUGGAAAAAUUCGAUUCUAUCUCCACUAAAAUAAGCGCCAUUGCAAACCAAUCGAAAUAUGAAGAGGAUGGGACCACAAUGAAAGCUUGUUUAAGAUUGAUCUUAGAUAAAGCCUGUGAUGAACCACAUUGGGCAACUAUGUACGCUAAGUUAUUUGGUGUUAUUGUUCAAAAUGCUAAUGAGGAACUAAAGGAUUCGGAAUAUGAACAGAAGAAGGGUAACUAUUUGGUUUUACACUACAUUUUCUUAAUUAUUAAGGGAGAAUUUGAUAAAGGAUGGAUUGACAAGUUGCCUACAAAGGAAGACGGUACUCCAUUAGAGCCAGAGAUGAUGAGUGAUGAUUAUUAUGUCAUGGCUGCUGCCAAGAGAAAGGGCUUGGGUUUAGUUCGUUUGAUAGGUCACUUGUAUCAAACUAAUUUGUUGGGUAGUACUGUGGUGAUGUCUUGUUUCCGUAAGUUUUUGGCUGACAUCAACGGCGAUCAUCCACAAGAAGAAACUUUGGAGUCAUUGCUUGAAUUGCUUCAAACAGUUGGGUCUAAAUUUGAAACUGCUGAAAUUGGUAACAUAACUGGUGGUGUUUUACUAGAUUUGACCUUUGAUAGGUUGCAAGUUAUUAUUAACAAGGAUUUGUGCUCCAGUAGAAUAAAAUUCAAGUUGAUGGAUCUUUCUGAUCUAAGAUUGGAGGGUUGGGUAGAUGAGAAGAAGAAGAAUGCUGGUCCAAAGACUAUUUCUGAGAUUCACAAGGAGGAGGAAGCCAAGAGACUAAGGGAAUUUGAGGAACGUCAAUAUAGUAGAAAUAGUAAUGCAGGUAGCAGAAGGAGUAUGAGAAAUACUAGUUCUAGAUAUGGUGGUAAUAACACGUCUGCUAACAGUAAUAGACAAGGCUCGUUCAGAACUAUUGGUGGCUCCUCGUCAUUAUCAUCUCAAAAGCGAACUGCCGGUGGUAAUGUUAAUUCUACUACUGGUGGUACUUCAAGUUCCAAUAGUGAACAAGAAAAGCAGCCAAGCAAUAUGUUUGAUUUAUUGGGUACAAAUGAAUAG